AUGCCCGACCCCACCAAACUCGCCCUUCCCGUGCCCUCAGAAGACCCGAAGAAGAAGAAGCAGGAGGACAAGCCCGUGGAGGCCAAGGAUGCCGCCUCCAAGAAGAAGGAUGAGGAGAAGGAGGGAGAGGAUCUCUCAGAAGAGGACCUGCAGCUCAAGACGGAGCUCGAGAUGUUGAUUGAACGCUUGCGGGAACCUAACACGGAGCUCUACCGUCCUGCUCUUGAGACUUUGCGCACACUCAUUCGUACAUCCACAUCGUCUAUGACCUCCGUCCCGAAACCUCUCAAAUUCCUCCAUCCACACUAUCCUGCUCUGCAAGAGCUCUACGAGACAUGGUCCGCUUCUGAAAACAAGAGCCUCUUCGCGGAUAUCCUGUCUGUACUGGCCAUGACCUACUCUGACACUCAACCUCGGGGGACACUGCGCUACCGUCUUCUCUCAGCUUCUCUCAGUCCAUCGUCACCUCUUUCAGAACCAGGUUCGUGGGGUCACGAGUAUGUCCGGCACCUGGCCGCGGAACUUGGGGAGGAGCACAGUUUGCGUGAGUUCGACGAAUCCGGCAUGGAGAAGACCUCGGAGGAGAACAAGGUGCCUGGGAGUGUGGAAGACCUCCGUGCUCUUGCUCUGGUGUGCGCGACGUUCCUCCUGCAGCAUAAUGCGGAACCAGACGCCGUCGACUUGCUCGAGGAAAUGGAAAUUGUGGACAAGAUUGUGGAGAUUGUCGAUGAUAACACAUACGAGCGUGUGUGCCAGUACAUGAUUCGUUGCGUAAACCUCCUCCCCCCACCAGACGAUCUCUCCUUCCUCCGCACCGCGCACAGCAUAUAUGCGAAGCACAAUAAGUUCCCGCAAGCACUUUCCCUAUCUAUCCGCCUUGGUGAUCCCGAUCUUAUUCGCGCGGAUUUCAAUGCGCCCGCAAAUCCUAGCAUGAAGAAGCAGCUCGCAUUCCUACUCGCACGCGCCCAAGUACCGAAGGAGUGGCUGGAUCCUCCGUCUGAGGACGGGAUGGAGGAGGACGAGUCUGAGAUGCCGGAGGACCUCCUGGAGUGUUUGAGCAACGCACGUCUCAGCACUCAAUUCAAGGAAUUCGGCAAGGAGCUGAAUGUGCUCGAGCCCAAGAGCUUGGAGGACGUUUACAAAUCUCACCUCGAGAACACAAGAUCCACUGCCAAUGUCGACUCUGCGAAAGCCAAUUUGGCCGGCACUUUCGUCAACGCAUUCGUCAACGCAGGUUUCGGCAAUGACAAGCUGAUGGCCAAGGCGGAGGAGGGCGCAAGUUGGGUAUACAAGAACAAGGACCACGGCAUGCUUAGCGCGUCGGCAAGUCUUGGUCUCAGUCUUCUCUGGGACACCGACGAGGGUCUCAGUCAGAUUGACAAGUACACCUACUCACCAGAAGAGCACAUCAAGUCUGGUGCGCUUCUCGCCUUCGGUAUCCUCAACUGCGGCGUGCGGACAGAGGCGGAUGCGGCCCUUGCGCUCCUGGGCGACUACAUCGAAAACAAGUCCGCGUCGUUGAAGGUCUCCGCGAUCAUGGGUCUGGGGCUUGCGUACGCGGGUGCACAUCGUGGAGACAUCAUGGACAUGAUUCUGCCAUUCGUCGCGGACGACAGUGUAUCGAUGGAAAUCGCCUCGCUCUCAGCACUCGCCCUCGGUUUCAUCUUCGUAGGGAGCGCUAAUGGCGAGAUCGCGAGCACCAUCCUGCAAACCCUGAUGGAGCGGGACCCCAAGCAGCUCGACGAGAAGUACGCCCGGUUCAUGGUCCUCGGUCUCGGUCUGCUCUACCUCGUAGGCAUCCAGGAGGGCUCAGAUGCUACGAUCGCGACUUUGAAAGCCAUCGAGCACCAGAUAUCACAAACUGCUGUCGUUAUCGUUGACAUGUGUUCCUUCGCUGGCACGGGUAACGUGCUCAAAGUCCAGGAACUCCUUCACUACUGUGACGAGCACAUCGACAAGUCGCCGAAGGAGAAGAAGGAUGACAAGGAUGCGACGCCGGAGGAGCCUCCCAAGGACGAUACCUUCCAGGCCUUCGCUGUCAUCGGUAUCGCGCUCGUCGCCAUGGGCGAGGAGAUUGGGUCCGAGAUGUCAUUGCGACAGUUCAACCACCUUAUGCACUACGGCGAGCCAAUCAUCCGGAAAGCCGUCCCUCUCGCGCUCGGUCUUGUCAGCGCAUCCAACCCGCAACUACCGAUAAUGGACACGCUCUCGAAGUACAGUCACGACAACGACCUCCAGGUCGCGUUGAACGCCAUCUUCGCGAUGGGCCUCAUCGGCGCGGGCACGAACAACGCACGUCUAGCGCAGAUGCUCCGCCAGCUUGCGGGCUACUACUACAAGGAGCCCGACUGCCUCUUCAUGGUCCGUAUCGCGCAGGGUCUCGUUCACAUGGGCAAGGGCACGAUCACCAUCAACCCCUUCUUCUCGGACCGGACAAUCAUGGGCCGCACUGCCGUCGCGGGCCUCCUCGCGGUACUCACCGCGUUCACCGACGCCAAGGGCUUCAUCCUCGACCGCUAUCACUGGAUGCUCUACUUCCUCGUCCCGUCAAUGUACCCCCGCUUCCUGAUUACGCUCGACGAGGAGCUCAACAACACCCCCGUCACCGUGCGCGUCGGUCAGGCGGUGGACGUCGUCGGUCAGGCCGGAAAACCGCGCACGAUCUCCGGCUUCCAGACGCACUCGACGCCGGUCAGGCUUGGGACGACGGAGCGCGCGGAGCUCGCGACGGAGGAGUUCAUUCCCUUUGCGCACGUCCUGGAGGGCUUCGUCAUCCUGCAGAAGAACCCGGGCUGGGAGAAGGAGGACAAAAUGGACUUGUGA